CGCGCUGCUUUACGGCAGCCCGAGCAAGGGCGGCCAAAUCUUGAGAGCAGCGGCCUCCUCUUCCCGGCUUGCUCGGCGGGUGUGGACGGCCCGGGCUGGCCUGGACGAACCUCCAUCAGGCAGCUGGAACCAACUUGACCUUGGACAUGGGAAGAUGCCCCUGCAUGUGAAAUGGCCUUUCCCCUCCGUGCCUCCUCUGUCGUGGACUCUGGCCAGCAGUGUGGUCAUGGGGCUCGUGGGUACCUACAGCUGCUUCUGGACCAAGUACAUGAACCACCUUAGCGUGUACAACAAGGAGGUGCUGUAUGAACUGAUCGAGAACCGAGAUCCCGGCACCCCACUGAUCACCGUCUCCAAUCACCAGUCCUGCAUGGAUGACCCACACCUCUGGGGGAUCCUGAAACUCCGCCACAUCUGGAACCUGAGGCUGAUGAGAUGGACCCCAGCAGCUGCAGACAUCUGUUUCACCAAGGAGCUGCAUUCUCAUUUCUUCAGCUUGGGAAAAUGUGUCCCUGUAUGCCGAGGAGACGGCGUCUACCAGAAAGGGAUGGACUUUAUCCUGGAGAAACUCAACAACGGGGACUGGGUCCAUAUCUUCCCUGAAGGAAAAGUCAACAUGAGCCAGGAAUUUCUUCGUUUUAAGUGGGGAAUUGGGCGCCUGAUCGCCGAGUGUCACCUCAACCCCAUUAUCCUUCCGCUCUGGCAUAUUGGAAUGAACGAUGUGCUUCCCAACUUUCCACCUUAUUUCCCCAGAAUUGGACAGAAAAUCACCGUGCUCAUUGGAAAGCCAUUCAGCACCCUGCCUGUUCUCGACCGGCUCCGAGCUGAGAAUAAGUCGGCAAUGGAGAUGCGCAAAGCCCUGACCGACUUCAUCCAGGAUGAGUUUCAGAGCCUGAAGGCACAGGCAGAAUCACUCCAUAACCGUUUACAGCCCCUCAGGUAGCCUCGAGCUGCUCUCUAGAGGGCCCAGGGGGGGUCCCUGCCCUGCCCAAGGCUCUCCCUCUCCACGCCUUCCGGCCAGGACGGCCAGCUCUUCGUCUUCCUUCUGAGUCUUCCUUCCGAGUCUUCCAGGGGCCGCCCGCCUGCUCUUGCCUCAAAGGCCGAGGCCCGCCCUCCCUUGCCCUCGUCCCACUCUCCUGGUGGCUACUCAGGGUGUCUCGCGCUUCGGGGGAAGAGGAACUGUGUGCACAGGCAGCCGGGAAUGGGCUCAGGUGUCUCCCCCUGGCCGGCUGGAGAGUGGGGGGACAUGCUCUGAUUUGAUGCUUUUUAGGCCUCUGCCCUUCUGUUUCUCCAGCUAGACCAGCAGCUCCUCUUAGCCUGGGGCCAAAGCUUGUCUGUGGUCUCUGGUGCAAAUCAGUGAAAGAGUGGCUAGGAAGGAGGAGCCAAGCGCUCCGGAGGCCCCUGGGGAUGGGUGCCGAGGCCCAGGCCCAGAAAUGGCAUUCAGCCCCCCCUGGGGUGCACUAGAGUCGCCCCCCUCCUCUGCUGGGACGCCCGCUCAGGAUUCCCAUUUUUAACCGGAACCUUCUCAGGAAAGGGCAAGUGUGGGGACCAGCCUCUGUAGAGGCCUUGGAGCCCAGGACUAGACGGUUAGCCUCUCCCUUGCUCUGCGAUAGCGAAUGGUGGCAGCCCGGGAGUGCCAGAACCCAAGAAGGACUUGGCUGUUUGAUUUGGGAGGAAAGACUGUCUUCGGGGGUCGGGAUCUGGCUUGGCGACAAUGCCUUCUUCACCCGUGCCAUCGUGGGGCGGUCUUGAAAGGGGGCCGCAGCCAUUCUCACGUGGAAGGGAGAGGCAGGCUGGUCCUAGAUGCUCCCACCAAACCGUGCCAUGGCCCUCGUUCCCUCACGACCAGGGUUUCCUUGGGGGUGGGGGCAGGGAGCCGGUGUCCGGUCUGCAGCCCCCCUGGCUUCGAAGGCCCCCAAACAGGGGCUGGGAACAGAGACGGGGGUCAUUUGGUCCCAGGGACUCUUGGUGUAGGUCCGCCCUCCCCUCCCCUAGGCUACAGUGGCCUCGCUCUUUCUCUUUUAUGCCUGUAGAGUUUUUAAUCAUUUUUAACAAUAAAGUCUGUGUCGGUGCA